CACAUGUUUUCCGAUUCCACAUUCGAUUGGUCUUUUCUUUAUAUUCGGCGUUACUUCCUGCUCGUGACUCUUGUUAAAUGUGAAGUGUUCUAAGUAAAAUGGCGAGCAACAAAUACCAGAUAGUGGUGCAAGGAGAGGCUUCAGAGACAGACUCGGACGACGAGGUGUACAUCACCUCCCUCUCCGCUCCCUCCGCGGCCGCAGCCGGGGUUAAGGUUCCCGGCGAGGCCUCAGAGACCGACAGCGAAGAAGAGGUUGAGAAAGCACGGAAAUUCGUUAUCGCCUCCAGUUCGGAGAACGCACGGACACUACAUAAGGAGCUGCCUCCGCUCAUUGUGAUCAGAGACAACCCAGACAUUCCAUUGGUAUUGGAGGACCGCCCGGUUUCUAGGCCCGAGCCUACCGAACAGUUCAAUACCCUUCUGCAACAGAAACUACUGGAGAGUAACGGGCGGCUGUGCACCGACGUGACCCAGACCCUCCGACAGGUGUACGGUAAUGCCACGAAAGAGAUCCGCGUGGCCACCGGUCACCUGAACAACUCGCAGAGCGGCAUCAUCAACGCUUCUCACAGCAUCCGGCUAAUCCUCGAGGACCUCAAAUCCGUCUCAGAGAAAAUUGACAUAAUCACCAGCUGUCACUUAUUGCCAGAUAUUACUAUACCCAGCACCGAGAGUCUGCCUGGUCAGUGAGGUGAGGUAUAGGAUUUUCUACCCAAUGACAAUGAUGGGACUGUAAUACUGCGUUCACAGUUCAACAAGUGAAGACAGGAUGGGAGGAGAUUGAUGUCGCUUCACCUUCAGAAUUAAUGCAUACCUGUAGCUAACAGCCCCUUCUAGUGGCCUAAUGAAGUAAUGCAUGUGAUAUGAUGCCUGUAGCAUAGGCCUGAGGAUUAGUGAAGGUACAGAAUGGACAGAAUUGUCAUGAUUGAAAUGGUUUGCCACGUGUUAACAACAUUGAGCUUAUAAAUAUAGUCUAAAUAGCAUUUAAUAAAAUAAUAUUCUAUUAAGAUUGA